UAAGCUUCAGAAACAGUUGAGCAUUCAAGUUCACAGAGUUCACACGUUUCGCGAAUCGCGCCGUCGUCGUCGUCGUUUUGUUCAAUAAAGAAGCCAUCAAUAUCGACGCGAAACAGGUUCUGCGUGAGAGGGACUGAAAGAACUGGAUUUGAUAGUGAUUCUUGGAAGAUUCGCCCCCCAAAACAUCGCCGGUUAGAAGAAUGACUCUGCCGUUUAGUGGUAAUCUCAGUUGUGGAUGAUUCGGAAGCUGGGAAGAGCUAUUGGUUUGCGUUUUCGAUGUGGACGACAAGUAAUGGAGGUAUUUGGAGGUGUUUUGUGACGAUCAGUGUCGUUGCUGCACUAAUUACACCUUCCGUGCAAAAUUUGGAGUCGUUCUUCCGUGAUCGUCGGAAAGUAUGCAACUACUACGAGUGGAAGUGCGCCAGCGGCCAGUGCAUCGAGUCGCACCGGCUGUGCGACGGUGUCGUCGACUGCAAGGACAAGUCGGACGAAACGUCCGGCACGUGCGCGUUCAUCCGGUGUCCGAGCUACGCGUUCCGCUGCCAGUACGGCGGGUGCGUCGACGGGACCGCCAUGUGCAACGGGGUGAAGGAGUGCGCGGACAGCUCGGACGAACACCUGCACUGUCCGGGGUACAGCGAGGCGUUGAUCACGCAGGGGAAUUGCUCAAACACGGAGUUCCAGUGUCAAUCCGGACAGUGCAUCUCCAGCGAUGGAGUUUGUGACGGGACGUCAAACUGUGAGGACGAGUCUGACGAACAGCAAAGGAUCUGCAGUUUGAUCUUCUGUCCGUCGUUUUCGUUCAGAUGUAGUUACGGAGCUUGUAUUGGUGGGUACUCCAAGUGUGACGGAGUUGUGGAUUGUCGAGAUGGAUCCGAUGAGGAUGAGCUGCUCUGUGGUAAGCCGUUUCCGGUUACUACUCCGAGGAUCGUUAGUACGAGUACAACGACCUCAACGACGACUACAACUCCAGCACCGGAAAUUGGACCAGAAGGAUCAUGUCAGGUUCCUCCGAAACCAACAAACGGACGAAUCGUCCUAGAUGAAACCGCCCAGAACAUUUCAAUCAACAGUGGAGAGUUCAUCGAGAACUUCAACUCCGUGUUCGUCAUCUGUGACGACAAGUACACGAUCAAGGGAGCGGCCACCAUAAUCUGCCUGGACGGAAUAUGGCUCGACCCAUUCCCGAUCUGCGAGCGCUACUGCUCGGAGAUCCCGAUCAACGGCAUUACCGUGCAGCCAACCUGCGAGUACCAGCGCAAGCAGAUCACCUGCAAGCGACCACUCCCACCCUCAACCAAAGCUCGAAUCGACUGCAAGAUCGGCUACCAGAAACCGUCGGCGCCCCUGAACGAAACCCUCACUUGCACUGACGGCACUUGGGACAGCUCCGUCUUCCGGUGUGAACCCGUCUGCGGAACGCCAACCCCGGACGCCGAAGCGUACAUCAUUGGCGGCAAGAACGCCUCGAUCGCGGAAGUUCCGUGGCACGCCGGCAUCUACCGCAACCUGGAGAACGACACCCGCGACGACCUCAAGUCCGACGACUGGGACUACAUCUGCGGCGGAACGAUCCUCACCGAACGGCUAGUCGUGUCCGCGGCGCACUGCUUCUGGGACGUGACCACCUUCCACGACGUGCGCUCGUUCGUGAUCACCGUUGGCAAGUACCGGCGUGGACUCAACACCAUCGAGACACUCCCGGCGCAAGUCCUCCGAGUCCGGGAACUCAUCACCCAGCCCCAGUACCAAGAUUUCUCCGGAUAUUACAACCUGGACAUCGCGAUCGUAGUCCUAAGCGAUUUCAUCGUGUUCAAGUCGUACGUCCGGCCGAUCUGCCUCGAGCGGAACCUCCGGACCGAGAGUGAGAAGCGCAUCAAGCCGAACAGUUUGGGACGGGUAGCCGGCUGGGGACUGACCACGUCCGGUGGCGAGCUGAGCCCGAACCUGAAGGUAGUGGACAUUGGGACGGUGGACUACUACACGUGCCGGGACUUUUCGCCGGUGUCGUACCGGCCGUUCCUGACCGGGGACAAGUUUUGCGCGGGGGAUCCAAAGACGGGAACCAGCGUCUGCCAGGGCGACAGCGGCGGCGGGUUCGCCCUGGGCCGGGACAUUUCCGGCGAAACGGUGUACUUCCUGUACGGGGUGGUCAGCUCGGCGCCGCGCUCGGCCAGCGGCAGCUGCGACAACAACAAGUACGUCGCCUUCACCGAGGUCCAGAACUACAUCCCGAUGAUCCUGGACGCCGAGAGUCGCUUUCCGGUGAUUUGAGAACGGGGGUUUUUUCUCGGUUAAAUAAAAACUCAAAAUUUGUUCAGUUUUUCAUUCCUAAA